GUAGUUACGGAUCAAGAGGUUUAUCCUGACUCAAGCUUAUCGAGUGUUGCAGAGGGCUGCUUGCUCUUGCAAGGUCCUCAUAUGCAAUUUCUUUUGAAUAAUGUAUAUUGAGGUAAACAAAGUACAGUGUUGGGACACUGGUGCAUUUUUUGGUCAUGGAUGCUUCAUCGAGGGAGAAUACAAGAACCUGUAAGAUGACAACAUUUUGAAUGGGAUAAAAUGUCCCAUUACCAUUUUAUUAAAUGCUGUUGCUACCAGCUCUGUAAUGUUUUCCGAACACACGACAUGGAAAUCGACCAGUGCUUACUGGAGUCACUGCCUUUAGGACAGCGACAACGUCUUGUGAAGCGGAUGCGUUGUGACCAAAUAAAAGCCUACUAUGAGCGUGAGAAACUUCUUCAGAAACAGGAGGGAUUCAAACACAAACACAAACAUGGGAAGAAAAACAAAGUCCACUUCAUCACUUCUGACAUCAUCCAGGAAGCUAUUAUACGGCAUGAUGAUAAGGAAGUGUUGAAGGUGCUGAAGGAAGGUGCUGACCCCAAUACAUUGAUCUCCUCAGGAGGCUCACUGCUGCAUCUGUGUGCGCGAUAUGACAACAUCUUUGCUGCUGAGAUUCUAAUUGAAAGGGGUGUGAAUGUCAAUCGGCAGGAUGAGGAUUUAUGGACUGCAUUACAUGUAGCAUGUGCUUGUGACAAUCCUGACAUUGUUCUCCUUCUCAUGUUGGCUGGAGCCAAUGUAUUAUUACAAGAUAUCAAUGGGAAUAUUGCACUGGAUUACACAAUGGAAGGCACAGAAUCAAGCUCCAUUCUCCUGCGACAUUUAGAAGAUAAUGGAGUUGAUGCAAAUUCUUUGCGACAGAUGAAGAUGCAACGUCCUUCCAAAAUGUUGGCAGAUGUUAGGAAUCUUUUGGCAGCUGGUGGGAAUGUCAAUCAAAUGAAUGAUGAAGGAGUCACACUGUUACAUAUGGCAUGUGCUAGUGGCUACAAAGAUGUCUCCACCCUACUACUUGAGAAUAAAGCUGACACUGAUGUCACUGAUAACUGCUACUGGACACCACUUCACCUAGCUGCAAAAUAUGGACAGUUUGCCAUUGUGAAACUGCUUCUGAAGCAUCGUGCAAACCCUAAUCUCCUUAACUGUAAUGAGGAGAAGCCUUCAGAUGUAGCAGCAUCUGAAAGUAUUGAAGAUAUAUUGCUGAAAGCGGAGGAAGAUUGGAAGGAGACAUGGAAACAAUCUGCAACUUUUUGCGGCCAUCCAGAAAUGCAAGAGGAAACAUAUGAAGAAAUCAUUCAUGAUGCUCCUGUACCAGUGAAAAAACUGAACCCAUUGGUCCUGUCCAUUGCCAAACAGGACAGCAUGUUGGAAAAAGACAUAAUGUUUAAGGACACCUCUGGGAGCUUGUGCAAACAAAAUUCACAAGACAGCAACAGCGACAACCCAACAAUGAACAGCACAACCAAACUUGAACAGGUACCUAUAAAUCCUAGAAUACCAGAUUUAAUCACAUUGUGUUGCCAUCAUAUGCUGACUGAUUCCUCAAUGCCCUAUGUGAUCAGGAAACGGCUGGGGAACUUGCAAAUGGUGACUUAUAUCGGACAUAUUCUGCUGAUGGUAAAUCCAUAUAAAGAACUUGCGAUAUAUUCCACCACGAUCACCCAGCUUUAUCUGAAUAAUAUGGUGAGGCUGAGUUCCUCACUCCCACCACACAUAUUUUCCUGUGCUGAAAGAGCUUAUCACAUGAUGAUACAGGAGCAAAGGUCACAGUGCUUCAUCCUGAGUGGUGAAACUGGAUCAGGCAAAACAGAAGCGUGCAAACACAUUGUGAAGCACCUGGCGUGUAGAUCAAUGACCACUGAGUGUGCGCUUGAGACAAAGAUUAACCAUGUUAGCUGUGUGUUGGAAUCGUUCGGCCAUGCAAACACGACACUGAAUGAGAACUCCAGUCGGUAUAUAAAAUACCUAGGAUUGCAGUUCGGUGAAAACAACAGGACUUUAAUUGGAGCCAGAGUUUAUACCUUCUGUUUAGAGAAGUCUCGCCUUAUCUCUCGUCCACUGAACCAGUGCAAUUUUAAUAUUUUCUACCUGAUGAUUGAUGGUCUGUCAACUGAGGAGAGGUGUGCUUUGUACCUCAGCAAUCCUUUUGUCCACAGGUAUAUGAAUCAGAGUUCACAAGAGGAGGUGACAGCAGCUGAAACAGUUCAAAACAGGGACAAAUUUCUUGCUGUAAAGCAAGCUUUAAGAAACUUGGGUUUCAACAACCUGGAAGUUGACAACCUGUUUCUGAUUUUGUCUGCAAUUUUGCUUCUUGGAGAUAUCCAGUUUCUGACUGUGACAGCCACUGAGAUAGCUUACGUGUCAGAUGUGCAAUUGGUGGAACAAGUGGCUGGCAUUCUUCAAGUCUCGCCUGAUGACCUCAGUUCAGCCUUAACGUCUGAUGUUCAGUAUUUUAAAGGGGAUAUGAUUUUGAAGAAACACACAGUGGAUGUUGCAAAUUUUUACCGGGACCUUCUGGCAAUGUCACUUUAUAGUCGUCUUUUCAGCUUCUUGGUGAACAGUAUAAAUAAUUACCUCCAGGGUCAGGAAGAUGGGGAAGGCAGCUCAGCAUUUGAAAUUGGGAUAUUGGACAUCUUCGGCUUUGAAGAAUUUCAAAAAAAUGCCUUUGAACAGCUUUGUAUCAACAUGACAAAUGAGAAGAUCCAUCAGUAUAUACACGAGACACUCUUUCAACAGCAGCAAGUGGAAUAUAUGAAAGGAGGUGUCACCAUGGAAACAGUGAACUCUCCUGACAACCACAACUCUGUUCUGGACUUCUUUUUUCAGAAACCUUCUGGCUUUUUAUCAUUGCUAGAUGAAGAAAGUCAGACUCUUCGAUCAAUGGAACAAAGCCUCAGCAAACGGCUGCAGUCCCAUUUGGAAACAGCUCAUACAAAUGCUGUUUACAUGUCGACAAAGGAUGGAAAUGGGAACAUUCCAUCAAAGGACCCAGGCUCAGCCUUCACGAUCAUGCAUUACGCAGGAAAGGUAACCUACGAUUUAACAGGAGCGAUUGAAAAGAACAAAGAUUCACUUUCCCAAAGCCUCUUCUUUGUUAUGAAAACCAGUGAAAAUGUUGUUAUUCACCAGUUCUUCCAGUCCAAACUGACCCAAACUGGUUCUCUUAUUCCCUUACAUCAUCAUCUGAGCCUUCGAGGGUCCAAAGCAUUGAUGUUGUCACAGAAUCGAUGUUCAACUUCACGAAGCAAAGGACCAAAGAAGUUCCUGGACCUCAACAGCAAGUUCCUGAAAAAGAAGACAGCAGCAACAUUUCUCCAACGUUUAGAGCGGGGUGGGCCUACAACACUGGCUUCUCAGCUCCGGAGUUCGAUUCGUGAUAUAAUGGGAAAACUCCAGAAUUCAACUCCUCACUUUGUCCAUUGCAUCAAACCCAACACAUCCAGACAGGCCAACAUGUUUGAUAACUUCUAUGUAUCAGCCCAGCUGCAGUACAUUGGUGUCCUGGAGAUGGUGAAGAUGAUCCGCCAUGGAUACCCAUUGCGGCUAUCUUUCAAUGACUUCCUCACGAGGUACAGGAUUCUGGCUGACAUAAUACUGGGAGACAGGAAAAAGCUUUCUGCAGAAGAGAAGUGUUGCCUCAUUCUGCAACGGUGUAAGUUACAAGGCUGGCAGAUGAGCCAAAGUGAAGUGCUUAUGAAGCAUUGGCAAGCAGAUUAUCUCAAUGAGCAAUGUCUUUAUUUGCAAAAGAAAAUUAUCAUCUGCCAGAAAGUUGUCAGAGAAUUUCUAGCCCGCCAGCGGCUGCUACAAAGGAUGAACAUCAAACAGCAAGAGGUCAGCUCCAUUGAAAGCUUCUUGCAGUCUGCGGAAGAUAUGGGACUGAAAGCAUAUGAUUCCUUGGUCAUUCAAAACGCUUCCGACAUUGCACGGGAAAAUGACAGGAUCAGGAAUGAACUUAAUGCAGUUUACGUGAGGGAAAAGUUGGAAGCAAGACACAGAGACGAGCAGGCCGCAAAACGAUCUGGCAACGGGAGUGGAAAGGUCAGCGAAGACAGUCUUUCGGGCUGUCGAACAGCGAGGCAUUUUCUCUCGAGCUCGGUGCCGGCACCUACCUUUGUCGAUGGGUUGGCACAUUCUGUGAUUGGAUCAUCCAUCAGAUCACCCUCCCUUCACUCAGUAUUCAGUAUGGAUGAUAGUAAUGGCCUGCAGUCACCACGGAAACAACCUCCUCCAAAGCCAAAGCGGGACCCCAAUACGCGACUGAGUGCUUCAUAUGAGGCUGUGACUGCAUGUAUAUCGGCGGCUUCUAAAGAAGCAGCUAACGAAGUUUUGACUAAACCAAGACCUCACAGUGAUGAUUACAGCACAAUGAAAAAGAUUCCCCCACCAAAGCCCAAAAGAAGUCCCAACACCAGACUGACGGGUUCAUAUGAAGAGAUCUAUGUAAGAAAACCAUCUGUAUCAAAAUUCACAAGCACAAUGACUAAAGGAGCACAUAGCACGGGGACUAUUCAACGCGCUGCAUCUGUUGAUGGGCCCCACUAUAGCACUUUGACUCUCCACUUGUCCCAAGAUGAGGAUGUGGAGCCUGUUUAUAUAGAAAUGGGAGGGACCGGUGGAACAAGUGGAAACUCUCUGGCAGAGGUGGAGAGUCCUGAUCAAGGAGAAUCUGUUUACGAAGAGAUGAAAUAUUGUUUGCUUGACAGCAACCCCGGCACUUCCUUCUUUCCAAAGCAGGCAGCUUGUCCUCCCCUUCGCACAGAAAUGCAAACCCCGGUGUUGCCUGAGGAUUUCAGAACCGGUACCCCUCCCAUGGCGAGCUGUCAGGAAUUAGUAUGUGACAUUCCGCCACCAUUUCCAAACCUCCUCCCCCAUCGGCCCCCUCUGCUUGUAUUUCCUCCAACACCAGUGCAAUGUUCGCCUGCUUCUGAUGAAUCACCACUUACACCCCUUGAGGUGAAGAGGCUACCAGUUCUGGAAACUAAUUUGAAUUACCCUGUGCAAUCAGAUGGCAUAUCACCCGCCUCUCAACCAUACGCAAGCCAUCAAAAAGGAGAAAGUGAUACACCACCAUCUCCGGGACUGGGUGUGUUCAGUAUAUCAGGAAAGAUAACUCCACCCUCGGCAUCACCUCCUCUUCCUUCAAUUCCUACACCUCCCUACAGGCAAAGUUCACAUUUUAUUUUCCCACCAGACACUCCCACCUCUUGUUUUGCCAACGCAGGAAAACUAGUUAUGAGCACAGAUGCUCCCAAAGUACCUCAGAAACCUGCUCCCCUACAAGGAGGGACCUCUACUAUCUCUGCAAGAUUGCCUUGCUCACCAGUAAAAAGUUGCAGGACAGAACCUGGAAAGAGCCAACCCUCCUCAGCAGGGGGUGCGUCACUAUUUCCAUACUCUUCCGCUAUUAAUAGGCCAAUUACCAGCCCACUUGAUGAGCUGAACAGUCUUUUCAGCUCAGGUCGAAGUCUUCUUCGAAAAUCAGCAGUAGGGAUGAAGAUACGGGAGCAAGCAAGCACAAAUAGUGAAAGGAGUUUGGGUCUGUCUAACAGAGAAGAGAACUGUGAAACAGAAAACGUAUCAGAGACACAGGAUAGAAACGCUAAUAACCCUUUGACCACUUUGCCUCCUGUGGUAUCUGCAGUUCCAGCAGUGGAGAAUGGAAAUCAACUUUUGAAUGAUCCCUCUCUCCGUGGAGUAAAUUUUCAGGAAUUACGAUUGAAUUCCCAGCAUGGAGUCUCACUUGACAGCAACAUGGACUGGAGAAUCGGACACUGAGGCCAACACUCAGGAUUCAUGCUGCUCAGUACCUUUGCUGAUUUUCUGUGCUCUGAUUGAACAAGACCGCGCCAGGAAGUUUUCUGAAAAUGGCAUCCUUUUUAUUAGCAGAGUUGUUAAAGGAUUUAACUCCUGUGCUUAAAUCCCAGACACAGGAACUUCAGAAGGACUUGCUGACUGAUCUCAUGCUAACGUCACAUAUUUUGUUUAUCUUUCAUUUCCAUAAAACAUCAUGUUGUG